AUGAUGCAAGAAUCUGGGACUGAGACAAAGAGUAACGGUGCAGCCAUUCAGAAUGGGUCCAGCAGCGGCAACCACUUGCUAGAGUGCAGCGGCCUUCGGGAGGGGCGCGCCAACGGGGAAACGACGGCAGUGGAAGUGGGGCCGGCUGACCUCGCCCACAUCCAGCAGCAGCAGCAGGCGCUUCAAGUGGCAAGACAGCUCCUUCUGCAGCAGCAGCAGCAACAGCAGCAACAGCAGCAGCAGCAGCAGCAGCAGCAACAGCAGCAGCAGCAGCAGCAACAGCAACAAGUCAGUGGAUUAAAAUCCCCCAAGAGGAAUGACAAACAACCAGCCCUUCAGGUUCCCGUGUCAGUGGCUAUGAUGACACCUCAAGUUAUCACUCCCCAGCAAAUGCAGCAGAUCCUCCAGCAACAAGUGCUGAGCCCUCAGCAGCUCCAGGUCCUCCUCCAGCAGCAGCAGGCCCUCAUGCUUCAACAGCAGCAGCUUCAAGAGUUUUAUAAAAAACAACAGGAACAGUUGCAGCUUCAACUCUUACAACAUCAACAUGCUGGAAAACAGCCUAAAGAGCAACAGCAGGUGGCUACCCAGCAGUUGGCUUUUCAACAGCAGCUCUUACAGAUGCAGCAGUUACAGCAGCAACACCUCCUGUCUUUACAGCGCCAAGGCCUUCUAACAAUUCAGCCAGGGCAGCCUGCCCUUCCCCUCCAACCUCUUGCUCAAGGCAUGAUUCCAGCAGAACUGCAGCAACUCUGGAAAGAAGUGACAAGCGCUCACGCUGCAGAAGAAACCACAGGCAACAAUCACAGCAGUUUGGAUCUGACCACAACAUGCGUGUCUUCCUCUGUACCUUCCAAGACCUCCUUAAUAAUGAACCCACAUGCCUCUACAAACGGACAGCUGUCCGUCCACACUCCCAAAAGGGAAAGUCUGUCCCACGAGGAGCACCCCCACAGCCACCCUCUCUACGGGCACGGUGUGUGCAAGUGGCCAGGCUGUGAAGCAGUGUGCGAAGAUUUCCCAUCAUUUCUGAAACAUCUCAACAGUGAGCAUGCGCUGGAUGAUAGAAGUACAGCCCAAUGUAGAGUACAAAUGCAGGUUGUCCAGCAGUUAGAGCUACAGCUUGCAAAAGACAAAGAGCGCCUGCAAGCGAUGAUGACCCACCUGCAUGUGAAGUCUACGGAGCCCAAAGCCGCCCCUCAGCCUCUGAACCUGGUAUCAAGCGUCACGCUCUCCAAGUCUGCCUCGGAGGCCUCUCCACAGAGCUUACCUCAUACUCCAACGACCCCCACCACCCCCAUCACUCCUGUCACCCAAGGCCCCUCUGUCAUCACCACCACCAGCAUGCACACAGUGGGACCCAUCCGCAGGCGGUACUCAGACAAAUACAAUGUGCCCAUUUCCUCGGAUAUUGCGCAGAACCAAGAGUUUUAUAAGAAUGCUGAAGUUAGACCACCAUUUACAUAUGCAUCUUUAAUUAGGCAGGCCAUUCUCGAAUCUCCAGAAAAGCAACUAACACUAAAUGAAAUUUAUAACUGGUUCACACGAAUGUUUGCGUACUUCCGGCGCAAUGCAGCCACAUGGAAGAAUGCAGUGCGUCAUAAUCUUAGCCUUCACAAGUGUUUUGUGCGAGUAGAAAACGUUAAAGGGGCAGUAUGGACAGUGGAUGAAGUAGAAUUCCAAAAACGAAGGCCACAAAAGAUCAGUGGUAACCCUUCCCUUAUUAAAAACAUGCAGAGCGGCCACGCCUACUGCACACCUCUCAAUGCGGCGUUACAGGCUUCGAUGGCUGAGAACAGUAUACCUCUAUACACUACCGCCUCCAUGGGAAACCCCACUCUGGGCAGCCUAGCCAGCGCCAUGCGGGAAGAGCUGAACGGCGCAAUGGAGCAUACCAACAGCAACGAGAGUGACAGCAGCCCUGGCCGAUCCCCUAUGCAAGCCCUGCACCCUGUACACGUUAAAGAGGAGCCCCUGGAUCCGGAAGAGGCAGAAGGGCCACUAUCCUUAGUGACAACAGCCAACCACAGUCCAGAUUUUGACCACGAUAGAGAUUAUGAGGACGAACCAGUACAUGAGGACAUGGAGUGAGGGGCUAGGCGGCUGACCCCACAAGAGUGAAGAUUGGGGGAAAGCAAACAAACAAACAUGACCCGUCAAAAGCUCGCAGUGAAACCGUUCUCCGUUUGUUGUACAGGCUGGAGGAUGUUCACUACAAUUUGACAACUCUGAAAUGUGUUAACUCUUAGUGCCAUCAAGAAUCCCAUUUGGGAGUAUUUUUGAUUUUUCUACUUUUUGUUGAAAAAAGGAAUUUGUACUCUGUGCAUUGGAUGGACUUGUUUGGUACUUGGGAUUUUCCUCUCUUAACAGUCAUCAUCAGUGUUGUAAAUUUGUUCAACUGCUUCACUUCUAGCAGCAGACUCUGAACUGCAGUCCUGCCAGUGUUGGACACUGGGACACCGACGGAGCAUGUACGCAUCCCUACGCUGCAGACCAAGCCUUUGCCCAGAAUUUAAGGAUUCCAAUGGACGACCUAUUUGCACAGUACUGCAUGUUGAUUAUCACUGCCUUUACUCCUAUGGUUUUUUUGUUUUGUUUUUUGCUUCCAGUUGGGGUGGGGAAGGCCUUUGUGUGUGUA